GUACCUUAGAGGGAAGAGUUUUUGGUCUGCCAGAGCUCCUUCGAACAGUUCUUGGGGUUUUAACAGCUUACUAACAGGGAGGGACAUCAUCAAGGAAGGUGCUUUCUGGAAUGUUGCAAAUGGUAAUAAUUUAGAUAUAGUUGAAGACCCUAGCUUGGAUUCCCUAGAACUCCCUUUAUUUGGUGGAGAAGACAAACUUAUGUGGCUUCCUAACAAAAAGGGCAAGGGCGAUUCUCAGUGAAAUCUGCCUGUCAUCUAGUAACUCAGCAGUUAGAGUCAAGUAAUGGGAACUCCCUCCAGCAUGUACUUCAUCCUAACCCUAACAGGUGGAAAAAGUUAUGGUCCUUGAACAUCCCCCCCAAACUGAAGAUUUUCUUAUGGAGAUGUUGUUUAAACAGCUUGGUUGUGAAUCGAAGUGUUGGAGACACAAAAAUUUUAGCAGAAUGGUAUAUGCCCUCUAUGUAAGGAGAGCCCUGAAACAAUCAUGCAUACUUUGUGUUUAUGCAAUCAUGCCAGAUCUACGUGGUUUGGCUCAUGGUUGGGUUUAACCUCUUCAAGCUUCUUCCAUUGGUGGGAUUGGUGGUUAGAGCAGGAGAGCUAUUGUGCUCCAAAUGAAUCUCAAGUGGUUGUCUUUUCUGUUUUCUUGUACUGUAUCUGGAAAGCAAGGAAUGCUUCUGUUUUUAGUGAAAUUACUCCUAACCCGAGGCUUACAAUUAUUAUUGCUAUCAGGUGGAUGAAGUGCUGAAAGCUUCCCUUCAAGGAUUAACAGGUUGUUCACCUAGGUUGACUCAGAGAUCGACCUUGAACUCAAUACAGAUGGCAGUUUUACUUCUAAUAGCAGUGGGUACUGCUGAAUGAGAUUGGUCAAGAGGGAUUCAUUAGCUACCAUGCAAAUUUGUAAUUUUCAAUUUGGUUCAGAGAAUAAGGUUUAGAUAUUUAACAACCGUAUUGGGAUCGCUUCAAGAAAGCAAGGAUGGCAUUAAAUUAUCUUUCAUAAGCAUGGGCAUGGUGGUUGUUCUUACAACCUUUCCUCAUAAAUAAUUGGGCGAAGGAGCUUUUGUUUACUGCCUACUCAGAUUAAGUCUCUUGGUUAAUUGUUUGUAUAACACUAUGCCAUUUAUUCAGAGGCUGUAUGAAGCAUGCAAAGUGUCUUUCUCUCCUAAUGGACCAGUUUCAGACGAAGCUCUUGAAAGAGUCCGGGUUCUUUUAGGGAAGAUCCCUUCUACAUUGUUGAAGAUCUGGAAAUUCUUAUUUCUGAUGCAUCUCAUGCUGGCUGUAGCAAAUUUGAAUCUUAAGAAAUCCAAAUAUACCAUCAGGCCAUCUGAUGUGGGUCUUGAACAGGAGGCACAGUUGGCACGUGCAUGGAAAGGCUCUGCACAUGGAACCAAUGGAAAGAAGGGACGUAAUGGGAGUCACCUUCCUCCAAUCAGAUACCUACAUUUACAUGAAUGUGAUAGCUUCUAUAUAGGAAUAUUUUGCAUGCCACCUUCUUCUAUCAUACCGCUUCAUAAUCAUCCUGGAAUGACUGUAUUGAGUAAGCUUCUGUAUGGUUCCCUGUAUGUGAGGUCACUUGACUGGCUUGAUGUACCUGGACCUGCUGAUUUAUCAAGAGCAAGACCUGCAAAGGUUGUUAAAGAUUGCCAGAUGACUGCACCAUGUGAUACAACAAUACUUUAUCCAACAAGAGGUGGCAAUCUUCACUCUUUCAAAGCUUUAACCCCUUGUGCUAUCUUUGACAUAUUAUCACCUCCUUACUCCUCAGAGGAUGGGCGACACUGCUCUUACUUGUGGAAGUCAUCAAUGAAGGGUUUUUCUGUUGAUGUUCUUACAGGUAUUCUUGAAUCAAGUAGAAUAAAAACUUCUGAAGUGGCUUGGUUAGAAGAGUUUCAACCUCCUGACAACUUUGUGGUUCGGAGGGGGCUAUACAAGGGCCCCAUUAUUAGAGCUUAAUGCUUUUUGGGCUGGUGUACCAUACCAUUAAUCAGAUAGGUCUUAAAUAAGGAAACAUUGAGGUGAAUACCGAUAUAUUGUUGUCAAUAGGUAUGUAAUAAUUACUGUCAUUGGUGGUUGGGCAUUUGGUUUGUACAUCUCUCUACAUUGAUACAAAUUUUCCGUUGUAGCUAGUGAAUGUGACUCGAAAACUCAUUUCGUAUCCACAAUAGAAUCUUUUCCUUCUUAUGAGUGACUA